AUGGCGCAAUUUGCAAUCCCUCAUUCCGAGAGAGUCUUUUUCUUGUUGAUGCUCUCCGUUGUACUAUUAACGGCAGGGAUGCUGUUAGUAGUAUCGUGUCUGGAGAUUCAUGCAUCGUUCCUCAUUAAGACGGAAUCCUCAUCAUCAUCUUCUCUUCGGAGUUUCAAUCAUAACAAUUCCAAUGAAGUAACGACCGCAGCACUGAGAGUCUCAACACUCGCGAGUUCCACCAACUCUGCAGAUUCAACAGUAGUACUCUUACGAUUUUCUAAUUGUAAUCAUACAGACCAUAUCAUGUUUGGCAUUGUUCCACUCAAUGAAACCAAUACGCUUUUGAAAUUCACCAAUCCUCAAUUUCCUUCUAAUUUUGCAUGCUCCACUAUUGUACUUUCUCAAUUUUAUGACAUUCCUGAGAGAUAUCAACAAAGUUUUUUCGCAAAACAAAAGGAAGUGAGAUUAAGUCCAACGGGAAUUCAAUACAAUUUAUGUGAAGUGAUUGGAAACUAUGAAAAACAAUUACAGAAACAGAGAGGAAUUAUGAAUUGCUCGCAAUUGUUGUGUGAUUCUGAUAUUCAAAAUGUUGUCACUAUUGUUGAUUCAUUGACUAGAGGAAAUACUUCAUUGGUUGAUUGGAUUAAUUAUUGCAGGUACUGUAAAUCAGAAGGAAUAUCAGAGGUGUGUUUACGAUCUCCGAGUUCUGGAGAUGCUCAAGUGAGAGCCAUGUUGCAGUCAUUUCCUACAGGUUUGCAAUAUUGUGGAAUGGACAUCUUUGGAUUACCCUUUUUAGUGAAGACUAAUCAAAUCACUCCUCAAACUUCCUUAUUGACCUAUUUCAGUAAUUACUCAUAUCUUUGUUAUUGUCCUGCCUUGGAUACUUUUGCAUUUUCAUGUAGCACGGCUCUCAUCUCCGACGAUCCAAUUCAACUGUAUUUUCAAGUUGCUGUUUUGGUGCUUGCCUUUGCAGUUCUAGUAUUUGUUUUCUUUAUCCCAAAAUUAUGGAAACUCUUCAAAACGCGUUCUGGAAGUUUCAUUACAAGUUGUUGCGUCAUGUUGACUGCUGCACUUACCCUUGCACAUUCCUUGAUUUCGAUUGUGGUCCCUCCACCUCUUUCCAUAACCAUUUCAACACAUUUACAAUAUUUUGCAUUGAUCUCAAUAUUAUAUAGUGUCUACUCUUGGUUAUUGGGUUUGUAUCGAUUGAUUUCAUUAGCAAAGGAUCGACAAGCUCCAAAAAGUUAUUAUGUGAUUCAUGCUUUUUUGAUAUGUGUGUUCUUGGCAAUUGGAGUGGUUACGUCAGUCGUUAUUGCAACUCAGAACGACGAAUCCAAGUUGUACCUAUUAAUUGCUGAAGUUUGUUUGGGGGUAAUUGUUGCUGUGUUUUUUGUAGUGGGAUCGGUGUGGGCUUACGUUGUCAUGAAGAAAAUCAGUGAUGUGAAUUUGAUGAGAACAGAUUUUGUAAGAUUUGUACUCUAUUCCACAUUUGUAAUCAUAGUAUUUUCAACAUCAUUCCUACUCGCGAUUAUAUUUAAUAGUAGUAAUCCUUCUUUCGCAGCCGUGUGUGGUUCGAUUGGAAGACUGGCCACGUAUGCCCUGUUUGUAGCAGUAGUUUAUGCUGAUUUUGAUCAAAAUGAAUUUAGGGAAUUCUAUGCUGCUUGCUCUAAAUUUGUGUACAAGUGUGUAAAAAAAGCAGAAUAUUCAUCUUACCAAGAAACUUCAGGUACUUCAUGGGUGACUAUGGAUUCUGCCAGUGUUAAUGCAGAUAUUACAACAAGUAGUACCUCCAAAUGA